CAAUAAUUAUAAUUUCGUCUGCUAAACAGCCUAUAGUAAGCAGUUACCUUGUGUACAUGUUUACUACAAAAUGAAGUUAUAAUAUAAAAAUGGAGUUAUAGGUUAUAGAGUCAGUAUAUGAACGGAUAAUUAAACAUGAAGACAUUCUUGAUGUUUCAAGCUACGUUCCUUCUUUCAUGCAUGGAUUUGAACACAGGUGCGGAACUUUCUCUUACUGUAAUCAGUCCUCUAGGUGAUACAACAAUAAAUGACCUUGAUAUACCCAUAGACUUUGUGUGCAAUGCCGAAGCCACUUUGUUAUGUGAAAUUAAACCAUAUAUUGACGACUCCGUGACUUGGCAAAUAAAUGGGAAAACAUACGCAGUGUGCGUUUUGCAGAAUUGUGUCAUAUACCCGCCCUUUCCAGAAAACCACAAUUUUUCUAUGGACGUGGCAAGCGGAGUUUUCAAUUUAACUGUGGAUCCGGUUACCAAUUGCACAAACUACAAUAUUUACAAAUGCGAUGAUGGCAUUACUUCAAGAUCAGUUGAAGCACAAGUGAAAGUAUAUUCAACCAAUGAGACUUUAAAAAUGGAUACAACUGCUGAAGAUCGAUUAACAGUAACAACCGGAUGUGUCUAUCCAAAUGAAAUUGAAGACCUAACAUUUGAAUGGUACAUAUCUAAGUAUAACACGACUCUAGAGUCAGAGCCAUUUACAUCAAAAAAGAAUGAAAGCACAGUAAUUUUUGAUUGUAAAGAAACGCCAAGUUGCACAGCAUCACAUUUCAAUAACACUGUAGUUUUUGAUGUUUUCGAUGAUGGAGAUGAAUAUUACAUUUAUGUUAUCGUUAAGUACAACGGUGCACCAAAUAUGCCCUCUACAUUACAUUCAACUGGAAGACGUUAUAAAGUCAAGGACAAAGAUAAAAGCACACCUUCAUAUGGUGGAUCUAAGGAUGACAAACCAGCAUUAGACCUUGUGCUUAUCAUGGUCAUUGUAAUACUGAUCACGUUAUUCCUUGUACAACUCGUAAUUAUGUGUUUUCUCCAGUGCAAGAUACAUAGCAUACUUAGCAGAGCAUCAGACGGAGAUUCUGAAAUUUCCAAAAGGAUCGGUAUGACUAUUUUGGGGAGUAUUCCAGUUUUUGGACUGAUACCAAUAUACAUUACCUGGAAGGAGUUUUACAGAGACGUGUAUCAAGUUACACAUGGAAAGCAUACCAAGGAAGAUAAGAAUGCCAAUAAAGCCUUUUCAAAUAAAUCGUACAAUGACGUUAGCUGGAGUAAAAAUGGGACCAUAUCACAUGAAGUCCAUGAAAACGAAAUAAGAUUGGAACACCAGGAGACAGAAAAAAACCAAAACACAAACAGCAACCUUAGAGAGGAUAAUACAGACAUACAGAAACAAAGUUCCACAGUGACAGCUGCUCCAUCCAGCGAGCAUGUCGGUUUCCAAAAGAGGUAGAGAAGCGAAGGGAAGCACUAAAAUCAAUAAUGGACCAAGCACGUGAAGCAGGAAAACACGUAGAAUUAGUCAUAGACAAGCUUUAUAUCAACAACUGUCUUUAUUAUCCAGAAGAUAAUCACACUCCUGCACACGGGAAAACUCAUCAUAAUUGAUUAAAUGUAUAAACAGAUGUAGUGUUUAUAUCCAGUUUAAAAUGUGGUCUGAUCCAAAAUUGACACAGAAACAUGAAACAGAAUUAUCUUGUUUUCUUUAAAAAAAAAAAAGAUAAAA